AUGGCUAUCAAGGUUUUGCCAUUACAAGAAAAUGACAUCCCGGGCGUCGUCGAAUGCAUUCAGGAGGGCUUCGCGGAUGACCCUUACUUCCAAUGGGUAUUUGAUGCUUCAAAGUUCAAUCAGCAAAGGAAUUCAAGUUCACUAACAUCCCGAUGUCUAUGGGGAAUCAAUAAUGCUCUUUUCUUUGUCGCGAAAGAAGAAGAAGAAGAAGAAGAAGAAGCAGAGUCCGACGAGGAAGGGAACAAUCCUUCCUCGCGAGUACUAGGCGUUUCCUGUUGGCUUGCUCCGCAGCCUGCUUCUCAGCCCGAGACCUGGUAUGCAUGGUACCAGGCGUGGCAUCUAUCGGUGCGACAGCUGGUUACGAAUCUGCGAUAUUGGGGACGCGGAGGCCUCAUUACGAAACGAUACUGGAUCUGGAAGGCGCAACAGGCGGAGGCCCAGCGCGAAAUAUGGACUGAUAAAGAGCGCGGAUACUACUUCUGCAAUAUCGUGACGGUGAGGCCGGAUGCUCAGGGCCGAGGCAUUGGACGGAGCCUGUUUGAAGUGGUCACCGAUCGUGCCGAUAAAGAGGGCGUCAAGUGCUAUCUGGAGAGUUCCAAGAGUGAGCCGAACGUGCGAAUUUAUGAGAAGUUGGGGUUUCGUAUGGUGAAGACGAUGGAUUGCGAAGAUGCUGGAGAUGUUUGUCGCGGCGGAAGUGAUACAUUCCUCAAAUUUCCAGAACAAUUAACUGCACUUGUCAGACAUGCGCUCCCGAAUAUUAGCGUGCAGGCUGUGACGUACCCCAAAUUCGAGACGAGAGGAGACCUGAAAGAAUGCGUGGGCAGGUUCCGCGAAUGGCUCCAGAACCAGGUCAUCGACAUCGAAGUUGCAAACGGCACCCCUUCACCGACCGUCGAUCCAUCUGUCCAUGCGAUUCUCAUAGGUCAUUCUAUGGGCGGCAUUGUCGGAGCAGAGACACUCCUUCUGCUUGCUUCCGAGCAGCCGAUUCCACACUUGUCCGCGUCUCAGCAGAGGGAUUUUGAUGAAGAUAACGAUAGAAAGGGUGGCUCAAGAAAUACUUUCCCCGCGAACUUCCAGCCUCCAUUUUUCAUGUUUCCGCAUAUUCAGGGCUUGAUGGCGUUCGAUACCCCGUUUCUAGGUAUCGCUCCCGGUGUCGUCUCGCAUGGCGCUCAAGGACAUUAUAAAUCCGCAUCGACUGCGUAUAAUACUUUUACCGACGUGGCUGGGUUGUUUGGAUAUGGGAAUAAAUCAAGUACGACCACUACGACCACUACGACCACAUCGACUACUACUGCAGGUGCCGCUAGCUCCAUGACAAAGUCAUCCCCAUCCCUGCCUCUACCACCGGCAGCAACAGAUACUGCUGCCGACGCUGCAGCGACGCCAUCCUGGUCUCGAUGGGGCAAGAUGGCUAUGUUUGCAGGCGCUGCUGGGGCAGUGGCAGCUGGCGGUGCCGCGGCCCUCUAUUCACAACGCGAACGAUUCACCGAGGGCUGGCGAUGGGUGUCUUCGCAUCUUGAAUUCGUCGGCUGUCUUGCGCGCCCAGUUGAUCUACGAAAUCGCGUUGCAUCGCUUGCAGAUAUCCAGCAGGAGCGUGGUAUCAUGUCUAUUAACUUUUACACUUGCCUCGGACAGGGGGCACCUCCGGCGCCUCCUCCUUCGAAUAAUAACACGUCAUCUUUGUUUCUCCGUGUCCCGCGUGCCCGGGACAGGACAUUUUGUCAUUUACCAGAAGAUUUUGAUGCCGACGAUCAUAUGCUCGCCGGUGAUGGCACACCAGAUCAUCCAGGAAUCAAAUGGGUUUUGGCUUUGAAUGAUAAGGCCUCGGACGAGACUACAGCACACAUCAGUAUGUUUGGGCCUAGGGACAAUCCGAAGUAUUAUAUGCUAGCUCAUGAAGCGGCGGAUACGAUAGUUAGAUGGAUUGAUCAAGGUUGGUAUGCCAGUGCUAUAAGCAGUAGGACUGCAGCUGCGACAAACAAUGCUCCUAAUGAUGCUAAUGCAACUGGAGAGGGACAAAAGGGAGGUCGGGAAAAAGGCAAAGGACGAGAAGAUAAGGAUGACUUUAUCGUCAUAUAG